AUGGUAAACGCCUUCUUCGCGACCCUGGCGCGGGGGCUGGACGACCUCAGCGGCGCGGGCGGGCUGUCCUCGCUGCCGGCGCUGCUCCGGGCGGCGGCGCUGCUCAGGGGCCUGCACUCGCAGCUCAUGGUGCUCGUCGGCCAGCUCCACCUGCCGCCCGGCGGCCGGUGGCUGGACGAGUACAUGGACGAGACCGCGCGCCUCUGGGACGCCUGCCUCGCCGUCAAGCUCGGCCUCGCCGCCGUCGAGCGCUACUGCGCCGCCGCGUCCUGCGCCGCCGCCGCCCUCGACGACUGGCUCCAGGACCCUUCCCCCCUCUCCACUCGCCAGGUGAUGAGGGCGAUCUCGGCGUCGAGGAGGGAGGCCAUGGCGGCGGAGGAGGAGAACCGGGCGCUGUCCGAGUCGAGGAUCGCGCCGCUGUCCCUGCAGCUGGACGAGCGGCGCGCGGCCGACGCCAGGCUCAGCGGCUUCAACGGCUUCCGCGGGCUGCUCUACGCGCUGCACAACGCCAGCUCCCUCCUCCUGCUCAUCCUGGCCGGCGGCGCCGUCGCCGGGUCCCCGCGCUCGUCCUCCGACGGCGCGGACAGCAGCCGCAGCGACGACGGGUUCAUGUCCUCCAUCGCGACGCUGCAGAAGCGGAUGGCGGAGGAGGCCGCGGGCGACGACGGCGACGGCGCGCCGGGGAUGAUCAGGAUGCAGGAGCUGCGGCGCGCGCGCGCGGCGGCGGAGGCGGCGCGGGAGGAGGUGGAGCGCGCGGCAGCUGCCGGGGGCAAGUGCGGCGGCGCCGUGAAGGACAAGGCCGGGGAGCUGAAGGCGUGGCUGGAGGUGCUCCGCGCCGGCACGGACGGGCUGGCGUGCCAGCUAGACGACUUCCUGGACGACAUUGUGGAGGGCCGCAAGGAGCUCUCCGACCUCUGCAGCCACUGA